ACCAUUGUCGAAAGAUCGUCCGGGCUGGUCGCGCGCGCGCGCCUUGUCUUCUUUCUUGUUCGGCUGUUUUCCUGCUCUUCUCCUGUUCUCGUCCUUCUUCCUCGCGUCGCGUGAACGUCAGCGAGUCUCCGGUGUCAUCCGAUAUAUCGCGGUGGUUUCGUUUCACAGAUUGUCCGUACUUGAGAGAGUUCAACACGUGGUCGCGGUGUUGUCGCGACCAGAGAGUUCAACGCGUGGUAGUGUCGUCGUCGGAUAAAGUCGCUCCCGAUCGCGAGAUUGCUCCGGGUUGUGUGUGUGUGUGGGUGUGUGUAUGUGUGUGUGUGUGUGCUAAUCGCGUCUCGUGUGCUCCGAUGCAUGGUCAAGCGGUUUAUUGAGAGAUAUAGUGUGAAAAUGCGGACGAAGAUGUUCAAGUUGGUGGUGGUCCUGCUGGUCGCAGGAUCUGGUGACACCAGACCUCAGAAAAAUGACGAUUCGUCACAAGCGCCGAAAGCGACGGAGGUGGUUCAUGACGCAAAAUGGAACGUCCGGUCCUUAAACAAGACAUCGCAUGACAUUGUUCGAGAUGAUAGCAGCGGACAAUCAAACAACACUAAUCGAGAUUUGAAGGAUCUGCAAUACAUGGACCAGUCUCUGAGAACGGUCGCUACUCAGUUGCUCAAUGUUACGAGCCCGGAGAACAUAGUGAAAGUGAGCAGCCAUGAGCUGAUCAAGGCCGAUCACGGAACGACGCAAAAAAUUUCGGAGAAGAGUGAUGCCUCGUUGAUAAAGGAGAUCAACUCGGAGAUCAGUAAUCUGGAAUCCAUGGGCGUGAGUUUCGGCCGGCCGAUCAAUUCCAAGUUCAGCUAUUUCGAAAGCAGCCACCCCGGCCAGGCGAUGGCUAUCACGGAAGAGGAAUUGGAACGAGAGAUGAGCACGACAAGACUAAUAACCGCUUACAAGAAUCACCCGACCACCACCGGCGGUAUCUCCACUUGGAUCCUGCUGAAUCCGCCGUCCACGACCGCGAAGAGCGUUGUGGAAGCUGAAAAGAAGACGAAGCAGCCGUUCCAGACGGAGGUGCGACUGACAGUGAGGCCGAGUUCGUCGAUCGAGAGAGUGGAGAAGAUCGCGGAGAAGACUACGCAGCUUACGCCUGUGGUCGUCAGCACGAAGAAGCCAACGUCUACAACGUUGAAAAAAAUCACGACUACUUUGAGACCUGAGAGGAUCACUCCGAGCCUGGAGAAAGUGGAGUCCUCUUCUUCGAGCACAACCCCGAAGACGUUGCGCACUACAACAACGAGCGCCACAACGAAUGACGAAGUAGCCUCGACCAUAUUCACCACGAAGAAGAACCAAGCUUCACGGACCACCGCCAAACCGAAAGUCACUACAUCAAGAACGACUUCGAAGCCGACGUCGGCAGCAACGAAACCGUUGAGACCGGCAGGUCAGCAGGGCAGACCGAAGCCUCCGACCCCGACGAGAAGAAACACAGUAAAGCCUGAAAUGGUGAAGAACGAGACCGCGUCGACCGGUAAGAUUGAAAAGGUAACGUUCAAGCCUGUCCAAAUGAUCACAACCCCGAAGAGCAGGCCGGAAAGUACCGAAAGACCGAUGUUCGUCACGAAGAUAAAAGCCUCGGUGCUCAUGGACACGCAGAAGGCGCCGACCACCUUGCUGCCGGCGGUCACUUUGAGUACAGCGUCCAAGACGUCGAACUUGUCGGGCGCUGAUCUCGUGGAGGUGCCGGUGAGGUCGAAGCCGGUCGGCACGAAAGUCAAUAACGUGCUGAAGGUACUGCUGAAGAAACCCACGGACGAAACAACGCAGAUCGAGAUCGAGCCGAUCAAGGUGAACGCGCCGAUCCUGAAAAUCGAGAAGGUCAAUAAGGACAAGCUGGAUGCGAUCGUGGAGAAGGACACUGCUGGCGAGCUCAGUAACUCCAGGAUCGAUCUGAAGUUUGACUUCAAUCCCGAGUUGACGAAGAUCAACGUAGAGACGCAAACGGAAGUAGCCACGACGACGACAUCCUCUACGACCUCUGCAACGUCGACAAAACGGCCGAGACACAAUUCCAAGAGGAAGAAGAACAAGGUCCGCAGACGCAAACCAGCGUCUACCAGCUCGGUGGCGCCAAGCUCAACGACGGCCAGCAUAAUGUCCACUUUGAUGGAGACCAGCGUGAUCGAUUCCACUGCGGUCCUGGACAACGCAGUCCAGGAGUCGAAGAUUGCGCCUGAGACGAAGAUCGCGAACGCGACAAAGACGAAGAAGAAGCAGCCACAGAAGGCGAUCAGCACGCAGAUCUACAACUUCCUAAGCCGCGAGGUGAUGCCGAGCUUCGGCGUGAUGUCGUUGGUGGGUCUCGGUCUCGGCCUGGCCUCGUACUUCUUAUAUCCCUUCGGCGGCACCAUCUCCCGCAGGAACUACGAGGUGGAGCCGUCGAAUUACAAAUACAAUCUGGAAGAUUACGACGGUAACUACGGCCAGAGCGAAGAGGAGGUGCUGUCCAAGGUAUUUCAAGGUAUGACAGGCCAUGAGAGCAAAUAUCCGAGCGUCAAGGACCUCAAUGGCAAUUACUAUCAUUAUCAGCACUACGACGGCGCGUAUGAUGCGCAGACGACGAAGAGGAUAGAUUCCAGGUAUCCGUCAAUAUCGACGUCUCCUCUCUACAGACCCUCCGAGAACACUCAGUCAGCGGUGAAGUAUCGGAACACGGAAUACAACAGGUAUUCGGAGACCACGCCGAUUUACUACGAUCACGCGGAGGGAUUGGUGCUCCCGGGAUCCGCGAAUCGGCAGUUCGUAGUCGGUAACGUACCCAAGGAGUAUCCGUUCGACGUGAAGACCGCCGCUCUAGUUAGCAAGAAGGACUACGAAUCGGCCGAGGACGGACAGACGCAGUUCGACAUUGCUCAGACCUUCAACUUCCCAUCGAGUUCAGGCAACGCGGUCAGGCACGGCUCGGCCGUCGGUUUGUCGUCGACCACCCGACCGGACGACGGCUACGAGGAGAUCGAGAUCACGCCGACCGCGGUGGCGGUGGAGCACGGGCCGCGGUCUCUGAAGGUGAAACGUGCUACCGACAGCAGGCUUUCGCGGCCGAAGAGGGAGUCGGUAAUACAGGUGAUACCGUCAAAACACGAGCUGGAGGAGGAGGAGAAAGAGGAGGACUUGAGCAACGAGAUUUUGGAUAUUAUCGACUUGGCGUUGCCGGCUGGCGACGAUUCGAAGACGCGAAACACCAGCGAGCACAAUAACGAGGUCGAGGACCUCGAGGCGCAGAAAAGGAAGCGGCAGGAGGAGACGAACACGCGCGUCAAGGAGUCUGUCAUGGGGACUUACACUACAACCGCGGAAGAGACGACCAAAAUACCGCAGAGCACCUGGACGAUCGCCGAGAAAACGCCGAGUAAGGAGAAAACAACGGAGGAGAUUGAGAACGUUGAGGCGACCACCAUCGAGUGGUUCGAGAGCUCGACCACGCAGAAGCCCGCGGAGGGUUUCAGCCUCUUCGGCUUCGUGAAGAAGGUCGCCGAAAUCAAGUUCAGGCUGGGCCUGACGAUUCUGAAGCACGCCAGCGAGGGCUUCGCGCGGUAUCUGGGCCACGUGCAGAAGAGGAUCAACGGCGAAGAAUGAAUGCGGGAAAGAGAUCGAGCGGAAUGUAUCGUGAACUUAAGUAGCCCAACUCCUCCACCCGAAUGCGAGUCACGAUAACGCGUUAUGUUCGAACUACGCGCGCUCGCCGCUCGUUCUGGCCGAUGAUCGAGUGAUAAUCGAAGCGAGUCUCAAAUCUUAUAGUGAGAAUUACACAAGUGAGCUCUUGUUGAUAAUUUGAUGAUAUAUUUCGCGUGAGGUUGGCCGACAAGUAGUUUUGUGUCGAACGACACCGAACGAAUGGUGCCGUAGGGAUAUCGUAUUCUCAUUUUCACCGAAAAAAAUUAGUAAAUUAAAGUAAAUACCAUUUUGCAAAAUAGUUAAUGGGGAAUUAAUUAAUCUGUAUGAGCUAAUGAUCGAACGCGGGAAAUAAUAGGUCGCACUUUGUAUAGAAAAUAGCGCACUUCCGAAGAUGUCUUAGCAACGAUGAGCAUCAACUAAUUUCUACGGAGAUGGAAUAACGCAGCGAAGAACAUGCGAUGCUAGGCUGCGCACCGAAAAGAAACACGCUUCUCGCUAUUAGUUGAUAACCAUCGUUACUGAGACACCUUCUGCUCAGUUCAUUUUUUUUUUAUGCAAAGCCCGGCUUACUUUUUCCCACACGAUUAUUAGCUACUUAAUCCAUUUUCUCCUCCCGAGAUAAUUAUCGGAUCUGUAUGUAUGAAAAUAUGAGUCUAAAUUUAAUAUUAUUUUGUUUUUUUGUGUGUUUUAGCUAUUCGCGCGUAUUUAUUCACAUGAAAAGAGAAAAGUCGACAAAGUUACACGAUGUAUCUCCACCAGGGAAUGUCGAUUGCGUCUCAAAACAUAAUGAGAAUUACAAGUGAGCUCUCAUUUGAUCGAGCGACUUUCACCACAAUGAAAAUGCGACAUAUUUCACGUGAAAUUGAAUAACUCUGUGUGGAAUAGCAACAAAUGUUGUCUCGCAGGGCAUACAUCAUAUUCUUAUUUUGCGUAUAUAGCGCGUAUUUAUUCAUAUGAGAGGUAAAAAAAGUUGAUACGCAAUCGACUUUCAGGCGACCGCUUCUCCCAACUUUGGAGGAGCAUAACCGUCUGGUAACGGUAGUCCUGGGCGCGAAGAAACGACGCUUCACGGUCGCGAUUCGAUCGAAACGCAAUUUCACGGACGAUCAUUUUUAUCCGCGCCGCCAAUGAGCGCGUCAUCCUUUCACUUAGAAAGCUAAAACGAUGAAGAGAAACAUGAAAUACUGUUACGUCGGUGAACGUUGCGUUACUUCGUGUCUUCCUCUUCGAAGUAUCACCGAUAUGGAUCGUCUUCUUUGUCUUCUUCUUUUCCAGAAUCUUCGGUACUCGACAGGGGAUUGAUGAUCGACGAUGAUAACGACUAAGCGACGAGUGUGACACCGUUGUGACGUUCUUUUGCGAUGAACGUUCGACUAACGUGACGAGCUUUAACGUCGAUCUUCGGGCCCCCCAAGUGCGCACAUUGCUCUCUAAAUUUCUUGGAACGGAAUCUCUCACUCAAAACGAGCGAAAAGUGGUGAUGUUUUCACUCAAAGCGAUAGUGAAAACACACUGCCGUUCGAAAUGCCGCGAGAGUGAAUGUUUCACUCAAGCUUAGGGUAGGAUUUUCACUCCGUAGCGAGCGAAUAUCGAUUGGAAUGAAGACAGUUGUCCCUGUGACAAUGGAACAGUUUUCAAUUUCGAGUAAAAUUAAAUAAUUCGGAGAAUUCACUCUACACGAGUGAAAGUUUAUUCGAAUUCGAGGGACUUAAUGGUGGUGGGACUCGACUUUUCGUGUGAAAUUUUAUUCCGAGAAAUUUAGGAAUGCAUCUCGCGGAUUGCACGCGCCUUGUGGCGCGUCACACAGAGUGCGCGAUAAGGUGCACCCCCGAGUUUUUUUAUUUGUUCGAAACGAGUAAGAUAGCGCGGGAUUGGUGGAGGGGUUUCAGAAAAUUUCAUUCUCUCUCUCUCUCUUGCUCUCCCUUUCUUUCUCUUCCAGGAUCGAUUAGAUCUUUAUUGCAAGUUGCUUAAUCUCUUUCUAUAAUUGUUUUGGUACAUUUUGCGUGCUGCUCUUACCCUCUCGCUGGAGGGCGAGCGAAGACGUACGGAGGAGUCGAUUAUUGGGCAAAACUGUGUAGCUGUAUAAUGUAUAAAUAAAUAAAUAGCUGGA